UCUUGUUUGCAGGCGCGUCCUUUGAAAGUGAGUCCUCAGCAGCCAGUGUCAACUGGACCUGUGCCGCCUCCUCCAAAACCCAAGACUACUCCUACAGCUGUAGAUCCAACAAAACAGGCAGAAGAAAUCUUAAAUGCAAUCCUGCCACCAAGAGAAUGGGUGGAAGACAACCAGUUAUGGAUUCAGCAGGUGUCCACCACUCCCAGUACCCGAAUGGAUGUAGUUCAUCUGCAGGAAGAGCUGGAUCUCAAAUUACAGCAAAGGCAGGCUCGAGAAACUGGGAUUUGUCCUGUCCGCAGAGAACUCUACUCACAAUGCUUUGAUGAACUUAUCCGUGAGGUUACAAUUAACUGUGCAGAGCGGGGACUAUUGCUGCUUCGAGUCAGAGAUGAAAUCCGAAUGACCAUCGCUGCUUAUCAGACACUGUAUGAAAGUAGUGUUGCCUUUGGUAUGAGGAAGGCAUUACAGGCUGAACAGGGCAAAUCUGACAUGGAAAAGAGAAUUCUAGAAUUAGAAGAUGAAAAGCGAGAGUUGGAAAGACAAGUCAAUGAGCAGAAAGCUAAAUGUGAAGCUGUUGAAAAACGUGAAAGUGAAAGGCGGCAGGUAGAGGAGAAGAAACAUGGUGAAGAGGUGCAGUUCUUGAAGCGCACUAAUCAGCAAUUGAAGGCUCAACUUGAAGGCAUCAUUGCACCAAAGAAGUAGAUUUCCUUGUGGGGCCCUGCAGGAAGAACUCAUGAAAUCUUUCUCUGAGCAAGGCGGUUGUAGUUACUGACCCAGGUCUGUCUCCUUCAUAAAGUGAUUCUGAUUUCCACAUUUAAAAGUAACUAGAAAUAUUUGAAUUGCAUUCCUUCUCUCCUUUCUUAUUCUAAUAGAUCAAAAUCCUUUGCUAAUUACUGUGACCUCAUUUUCAGUCACUUUUCAGCAUCCAGCUCUUUGUAUGCUGAACAUGUCUGGGAUUUGCCUGUGAUUCUCUAACCUAUCACUGUUAAGGUCAUACUAUUUUUAAUAAACUUUUUUACAUUAGCA